AUGGCCGAUGUUUUUGAACAAGAUGGUGAGAUCAGUAACCAUGAAGUUAGUGACAGAGAGAAUAGCAGAUCAACGGACUUAGAUAGUCUUGUUAGUUUUCAACAGCUGAUAAAAGAAAGUUGGAGAGAAUCAAAGAAACUGUGGCGAAUUGCAGGGCCUUCUAGUUUUACCAGACUAUGUUCAUAUUCAACGCUAUUAAUCACAAACAUAUGUGCAGGCCACUUGGGUGUUGUGGAGUUGGCAGCUGUGGCAAUUCAAGACUCUGUUAUUGGAGGCCUGGCUUUUGGAUUCCAAUUGGGAAUGGGCAGUCCGUUAGAAACCCUCUGUGGUCAGGCUUUUGGAGCAGGAAAAAUUCAAAUGCUUGGAGUAUAUUUGCAGCGUUCAUGGUUAAUAUUGCUGGGUACAACAGAGCUUUUGAUUUUUCUUUACAUCUUCGCAACUCCAGUUCUUAAGCUACUGGGACAGGAGAAUGAUGUAGCUGAUCUAGCGGAUGAAUAUGCACUUUGGAUGCUACCACAACUGUUUGCGUAUGCAUUGUAUUUCCCAACGGAAAAAUUUCUUCUGGCACAGAGAAAACUCAUGGCCGUAGCUUGGAUUGCCUUAGCUGCAUUGAUAAUCCAUGCUUUUCUGAGCUGGUUAUUGAUCUUCGAAGUGGGUUUGGGGUUGGUUGGAGCCGCAAUUACAUUAAAUUUAUCAUUAUACAUUAACAUUACUGGUCGGUUUUUGUAUAUAGUUUCUUUUUUCCGAGAUGCUUGGAAGGGGUUCUCCUGGCUCGCUUUUCAUGAUCUAUGGGUUUUUGUUCGACUUUCAAUGGCUUUAGCUGUUAUGCUACGCUUGGAGUUCUGGUAUAUGAUGUCAUUGGUUGUUCUGAGGGGUCAUCUAAAAAAUGCAGCAAUUGAAGUUAAUGUGAUAUCUAUCUGCAUGAUUUUAAAUGGAUGGGAAGCCAUGAUCUUCCUUGGUUUUUAA